AUGGCGGAAUUCACAUAUGACAAAGACAAUGGGCACACGUUCGACGCAUGGUUCUCCCGCUAUACUGAUAUUUUUGACAAAUACGCUGGAAAACUGGAUGACGCUUCAAAGGUACGACUUUUGCUACGAAAAAUGAGCCCACAAGACCACGAGCGUUACAACAGCUUCAUACUACCAAAGCUUGCUCGUGAGUACACCUUCGUUGAAACCGUCGAGAAGUUGAAAGCGCUGUUUGAAGCCACAGUGUCCACUUUUCGCCGGCGUUACAAUUGCCUCCAGACAACCAAGGAGGAUGGUGAAGAUUAUCUCGCCUACUCGUGCAAGGCAAACAAAUCCUGUGCUGACUUUAAACUUUCGGAGCUGACAGAGGAGCAGUUUAAAUGCCUCAUUUACGUCUGCGGUCUCCAAUCAAACAAGGAGGCAGAGAUCCGAAUGCGGCUCAUCAAUAAACUCAAUGAAACAGUAGAUAUUACCCUUCAGCAAGUCAUUGAGCAGUGCAACAACCUUGUGAACUUAAAGCAGGAUACCGUGCUGGUGGAGAACCCGUCCACAGUUAAUUAUGUGACACACAAGCGAUUGUCGAAUGAAACGCACCAAUCAACCAGUGCUAGCAGCGAUCGUGAGCAGCCACGGACUCCUUGCUGGUCGUGCGGCGGAAUGCAUUUCAAAAAGGACUGCCGAUUUCGCGACCACUUUUGCAGAGAUUGCGGUAAACAAGGUCAUCGUGAGGGCUAUUGCUCCUGUUUUUCGUCAAAACCGUCGGUCAGCACAUCUUUCAAAAAGCUGCCGACAAAGAAAAAGAAGCAACGCGAGCAGUCAGCAAAAACAGUGACAGUGCAGAAAGUCAGCCAAGGUCGGAAAUUCGUUGGUGUGCAGUUGAACAACGUGCCUCUCCGACUGCAACUGGAUACUGGGUCCGAUAUAUCCAUCAUCUCGCAUAAGUCGUGGAUUCGGAUCGGUCGUCCACUGGUUAAACCCGCAUUUUGCCGGGCCAAAACGGCAUCUGGGGAGCCGCUGAAACUCGUCUCGGAGCUGCAAUGCAAUAUUACCCUCAAUGACGUCACCAGAGAGGGCAUUGACAUGAUGGACCUGUUUAAUUUGUGGAAUCAACCAACUACGUCAUUCUGCAAUCACAUCGGCACUCCAAAGCCGCAAGGUAUAGCAGAACUACAGGAUCGGUUUGCCAAUGUUUUUACUCACCAAAUGGGUCAGUGCAACAAGACUCCAGUGCAGCUCGUGCUUAAGGGAAACCCCAAACCAAUGUUUCAUCCAAAACGACCGGUUGCCGAGGAUAAUAAAAAAAGGUCGACUUUUCGGACUGGGCGGCACCCAUUGUCGUCGUGCGAAAACCGAAUGGAACUGUUCGGAUUUGUGCGAAUUUUUCGACUGGUCUAA